AUGAUGUUCAAGUCCGUCGCCGCCGUGGCCUUCCUGGCCGUCGCCUCCCAUGCGCUCGCCGACGAGGCCGCCACCUUCAAGAUGUCGGCUCGCGAGCUGUUCGGCAUGGGUCGUCGCCAGACCGACACUGGCUACACCCCGACCGACACCUUCUGCGGCAUGGGCGCCACUUGCGCCGAGGCCUGCGGUGCCGGUUUCGAGAUGUGCGCGUCCAACGACAACUCGAUCCACUGCUUCAACGCCCAGGCGAAGCAGAUUUGCUGCCCUGAUGGCAGUGGCAACUCGUGCGAUGCCGGCUACUUCUGCGCCGGUACUGUCGCCAACGGCGCCACCAUCUGCUGUCUCAAUGGCCAGUCGCUGGAUGAGUGUGCCAAGUCUCACAACGUCACCGGCGCCCUGACCUCCCAGGUCCCCAAGCCUACCACUACCACCACCAUCUCGUCCAGCUCGUCGACUUCCUCGUCGAGCAUCCUUUCCAACACCACCACGUCGUACAGCGUCGCCCACAACUCGACGUCUGCCUACUCCACCGGUGCCUACACCACCUGCACCUCGACCCUGGAGCCCGUCCAGACCUACCCUGCCGCCAACACCACCACCAAGGUUGCGCCGACCAGCACCCCGACCCCGACCGUGGUCCCCGUCAGCGCCGGUGCCCUGGCCGGCCCUGCCGGUGCUCUGGUUGCUUUCGCAGCUGUCGCCUUCGCAGCCCUGUUGUAA